AUGCCCGUCCUCCCUCAACUCGAAGGCUCAACCUUUGACGCCGACCUCCGCAACCGCCAUAUUAUCUAUGAAGUAGUUUACGCUAUCCACGGUGGCCCGAUGGCCGGUCGUAAGAAUUUCCAGGCUGCGACAUACCAGUGUAUCCGCCCCGGAGAACUGUGGCAGAUUAAUUGGCUUGAAGAGACCGGUACCAUUUGCUCUAUGUGCUGGGACAUCACCAACAAAUGCUUGAGUACCUUGCUGGCUUUCUCAAAGGGACACUGGACUGAGAGCGUGGCUGCCCAUGGAGAUAAACGCAACCCGGACGAUUUUGCGCGAUGGCGCGAUUUGGCCAAAAUUGGUACUCAGGCCGAUCGAAUACUCUUGAGUGAACAGGCGGAGAUUUUGGAGGACUUUCAUGGAGCUGGUGAUUUGGAGCCUAUCGAUCCUUCUUGGCCGACGCUUUGA